AUGACAAGUUUCGUGCCUGCAACCAUUGCAGGCGUGCCAAGAUACGCUGCACAGGCAGCUUACCUUGCGCAAGCUUGGACAACGAGCUCCUCCUCAACUCCGCCGCCACGGAAGACCGAACAACGUUCGCUAUCAUCCACGAUAGAAUCCCCGGCACAAUCUCUCGUCGAGGAACCAACAACAGAGGUACCACCGCCACUUGAGACAAUCGAGAAGCUACCCAUCGAAGCAACGAAGACCCCCCAGGAAGUAGUCGGCCCGGCCAUUUCCUCCCCAGACAGCACGGCGGCGUUGCUCCAUCUCAGUCUGGCCUCGGAUCACGCAACACGAGCGGUACUAUUCAACGAAGGAAAGGACUUUCCUAUCGUCAAUUCAACAUAUGUGUCUCCCACACUCCAUGUCCUAGAUCCAUACAGCUACAAGUUGCCAUCGAUUGCCGGCUCUGUCGAAGCGCCGACUCCAAGCAGCCAGCCGGUCGUACAGUGCAGAUAUGCGGUUCUACAUUACCUGGUACCGUUUCUCGACCGAGAGCUAGGAUCCAAUCUGGCCUGUGAUCUGCUUGAUACCUACUUCUCCAGCGCUUUCUCCAGCCGCAUGCAUCCGACUUGCCAUUACAUCCACAAUUUCAUCCUGCGACGGUGCGAUGUCCUGAACCCUCUCCAACCGCGGCAGACACACCCAGGAUUGCUCGCUAGCAUGCUUUUUGUCGCCGCGUUAAGCGACAAAGCUCUUGGCUUGUUCAGCGGCCCAGAAGAGAGGGACCGAGUGUGCAAGUAUCUCAGUCUCCUGACCUACAGGCUGCUCAACCCAUCUCGCUAUGAACCACUCCUCAGUCGUGAAGACCUGGGACUUCCUCCUGCUCUAGGCUCGGACCCUGGAUGGACGAAUGAUGAUCUGCGACAAGCAUUGGAUCCGGAAAUGCAGACAGAUGCGUUUCCGAUCACCUGGGGGACUGACUACAUCAUUGCAUUGAUCCACGUUUCCUCGGUCAUUUCUGGAAGUGAGAACAAGGCUGCGAGCAUUAGAUGGUGGAACGUCGCGUUCAACCUCGCUCGGGAUCUGAAGCUCAACCAGGAAGUGGAGUCGUUCAUCCUGUCACCAGAAACAGAGGAUGGCUAUCCUACAUGGAAUUGCAGAUGCUCAAUGAGCAACGACGCCAGCAGCGACAUCAUGAACGAGGUCCAUCGAGAGGAGCGACGCCGGACGUGGUGGCUGUUGUUCUUGAUGGAUCGACAUCUGGCUCUUUGUUACAACAGACCCCUUGCCCUACUAGAAGCCGAGUGUAAAGACUUAUUGCUUCCUCUCGACGACAUGACGUGGCAAUCUGGCUUACAGCCUCAUAGCCACGGUACCAGCCCAGAUGGUCCAAGAUGCAUGUUGUUGCCGUCAGAUACCGGGAGACUGCAGGGCCCUCCAAACAUCUGUUCAGGGACUGGUCUUUUUGAGUUUUACCUGCCGCUGAUGACCAUAACCGGCCACCUUCUCGACUAUAAUCGGGCGAAGAACAACCCCGUACUGGCGUCAGCAGGCUCACCGAUGUGGACAAUUCAAGAGCGGCGAAUCUUGCGGGAGCUCGAUCAGUACCAAGCCACUUUGGAUCACAGUACCAGUCGACCGGCCAUGAUUCCGGCAUCCGAUAAAGAGCCUCAGUCGCCUUGGACGACGUCUCCAACAGCACCUCCGGUGGAGGAGUCUGAAGCGACACACCUCGCCAAAACAGUGUCUGCAUACGCCACGCAUGUCGUCUGUGUUCUGAGGAUCCUGGUCGGCAGUAAAUGGGACCCGGUAUGUCUCUUCGAAGACGCCGAUUUCUGGACCUCGUCACCAGGAUUCAAGGACUCGAUGUCGCAUACAAUGGCGGCCUCGGAAUGCGUGACGCAAAUCCUGGAGCAUGACCCGGAUGUCAGCUUCAUGCCUUACUUCUUCGGGAUCCAACUUCUACACGGGAGUCUGCUGUUACUGCUGGUGGCGUACCGGCUCCAGGGGAAUUCAGGGACAGCUAUUCUAGCAGCCUGCGAGGCCGUCAUCCGGGCCACAGAGGCUUGUUUCGUGACUCUCCCGACCGACUAUCAGCGACAGUUCCGCAACGUGAUGAGAGCCGCCAUUGCUUUGGCGAAAGGCAGAAGAAAUAAUCCGGUCGACACGGAGAAACAGUUGACAUUUGUCAUUGCGAGAUACAGGUGGUCCAGAAAUGGAGCUGGACUGGCUCGAUGA